CACUCAAACACGCACACGCGCUCCUCACGCAGACGGAGUCGGACAUCUACUGGAAAGAGUACUGCGAAUUCAAUAACAAAUCGACAGUAACAGGGAACUGGCCUGUUCUUCCGUUGCUGUAGAAGACAAAUCAAACAAAUCAGCGGAUUCUUGCUUUAACCUGGUUUGGAUAACGUUUGGGGCCCACAGAGUCGCAGAAAUGAGUCAGUGGUUGGAGCUUCAACAACUGGAUUCAAAGUUUUUGGAACAGGUCGACCAACUGUAUGAUGACAGCUUUCCAAUGGCCAUCCGGCAGUACCUCAGCAGCUGGAUAGAAAGCCAUGACUGGGACCAUGUCGCUAAUGUGGAGAAUGAGUCUCUGGCCACCGUGAGGUUUCAUGAUCUUUUGACCCAGUUGGAUCACCAACACAGCCGCUUCGCGAUGGAGAAAGACUUCCUGAACCAGCACAACAUCCGCAAGAUCAAGAGGAACUUGCAGAGCCUCUUCCAAGACAAUCCUGUUUCCAUGGCGAUGAUCAUCAGUAGGAACCUUAGCGAGGAAAGGAAGAUUCUGGCCGCUGCCCAAGUGUCAGAGAAUCGAACUGAAAACACCCAAAACGAUAUGAUCGUGGAGAAACAUCGAGAAAUGGAUGGAAGGGUGAAAGAGAUAAAGAUGAAAGUACAGGACACAGAGCAGAUUAUCAAAAAUCUAGAAGACCAGCAAGACGAAUACGACUUCAAGAGCAAAACUCAUCAAAGCAGAGAGGAACUGAACGGGACCAUUUCAAAGGAAGACUUGAACCGGGAGAGACUGACUAUCCAUGCCAUGUUUAUGAAACUCAAUGACACAAGAAUGAAUGUGAUCAGUCAGAUGUCAGAGGUGUUGAACAUUAUGGAUCCAGUGAUCUUUGAGCUAAUCUCAACAGAACUGGCUGAAUGGAGGCGUCGUCAACAGAUGGCUUGCAUCGGUGGAGUAACCAAUGCCUGCUUGGACCAGCUGCAGAACUGGUUUACUUCUCUAGGGGAAUCUCUUCUUCAGCUCAGGCAGCAGCUCAAGAAACUUCUGGAGCUGGAGCAGAAAUUCACAUACGACAAGGAUCCCAUCACCCUCAGCAAAAGCACUCUGGAGGACAGGAUCAUGUUAAACCUUAAAGCUCUCAUCACAAACUCCUUGGUAGUCGAGCGACAGCCAUGCAUGCCGACCCAACUGCAAAGACCUUUGGUGCUCAAGACGGGCGUUCUGUUCACCCUCAAAUUACGGCUGCUCAUAAAACUUCAGGAAUUUAACCACACUGUUCGGGUGAAGGUGCAAUUCGACAAGGAUAUCGUUGAGAAACGGAAAGGGUUUCGCAUGUUCAACAUCUUGGGAACGGCCAUGAAGGUGAUGAACAUGGAGGAGUCCAAUGGGAUGGCAGCAGAAUUCCGUCAUCUGCAACUGAAAGAGAAGAAAGUUACCGGAAACAGAACAAGUGAGGGCCCUCUGAUCGUCACAGAGGAACUUCACUCCAUCACCUUUGAGGCUGAGCUGUGCUGGUCUGGAAUGGUCAUGAACUUUGAGGCCACGUCUCUGCCCAUAGUCGUGAUCUCCAACGUCAAUCAGCUACCCAGUGGAUGGGCCUCCAUCAUGUGGUACAACAUGCUGACCUCUGAGCCAAAGAACCUUUCUUUCUUCGUGACUCCUCCUUCAGCCACGUGGGGGCAUCUAGCGGAGGUGCUGAGCUUGCAGUUCUCCUCCAUCACCAAAAGGGGGCUUAAUCAAGAACAGUUAAGCAUGCUGGGUACUAAACUCCUGGGUCCUAAAGCGGCGAUGGAUCCUGAAGCUCAGAUUCCUUGGAACAGAUUCUGCAAGUCUGGCAGUGAGAAGAACUUCAGCUUCUGGCUGUGGAUUGAAGGAAUUCUGGACCUUAUAAAGAGACACCUGCUGAGUCUGUGGGACGAUGGCUGUAUAAUGGGGUUUGUGACCAAGGACCGAACUAAAGCUCUGCUCUAUGACAAACUUCCCGGGACGUUUCUGUUGCGCUUCAGCGAGAGCAACCGUGAUGGAGCCAUUACGUUCAGCUGGGUUGAACACGACGCAAACGAAGAGCCACAGAUUCGCUCCGUGGAGCCCUACACGAAGAAGGAACUCUCUGCCGUCUCACUUCCCGACAUCAUUCGAAACUACCGCGUGAUGGCCGCCGACAACGUCCCGGAAAACCCUCUGCGCUUCCUUUUUCCCAGUAUACCCAAAGAUGACGCCUUCAAAAAAUACUACUCCAAACCUACCGACAAGCAAGAACCAAUGGAUGUGGACAAGAAGUUACAUGAGGGAUACAUCAGCACCACUCUCAUCUCCAUCUCUGAAAUGCAGCCGCAAGACUUUAACACCACACUCAUGCCAAUGUCACCUGAGGUUUAUGGCGAGCUGGAACUCAUGAACAGAUUCGAUACAUUAAAUUUUGAGCCCUCAGACUUAAGUUUCUCUUAAGUGACCUGAAAGGACAGAUGAUGCAGAAAAGUAGAAAUGUUUCCUGCGUUCAGUGUUUUUUUCUUGUAAUAACGCAAAUGAAAGGGGAACAUCUAGUCGAGGUAUAGCCACUGGUUUUGGUAGUCGUCUUUUUCAUUCUAGCGUUAUUAGAAAGACACUGUCUACGCUGUCAGCUAUAGCAUAAAGACAACCAAAUUAGCCCCCUUAGUAACGCUACUGUUACCUCCGCACUUAUUCUAGAAACCUUUUUAGACAGUGAAGUUGUGUAUGAAAGCACUUCAGAUGCCAAGUAACUGAAAAGGGUGAAGAAAGUGAAUGAAAAAGCUAGAUGGAUGAAUUUCACACAAACUUAUUUUCUGUAAAGAAAAUGAAACCUAUUUUUAGGACUAUUUAGUUUAAUCCACAUUUUCUUUACAGUAAUGCAAACAAAUAUUUAAUUUAAAUUAAUGUGAAUAAAACUAUUUUAAUUUGAAAACAUUUACAUAGCAGUGUAUGUCGUACCAACUUUAAUUAUUGUAGUACAGGAAUUCGACUAAUAAUAAAAAAAUAACUGUAUUACAGUAAUACAUUAUGAGAAUAAUGGGAAUGAACAUUUACACAUUAUUGUAAAUGGGAGAGGAAAUGUGCUGAACUGUCAUAAAAAAAAAAAGACAAUGCAAAAAAUAAAACAGAAAUGGUCCUAAAAUAGACUUUUUAAGAUCCUAAGUUUAAGUUUCCUUUGUUUGGUUUUGGGGUCAAACACCCCAAAGAUUCAUCCAGAAAGAACCAUGAAAUACAGGAGUUCAGGUCUGAUUAAACCUUUUAAGCUGUUAGGUUUACUUUCCAAACACUGUUUCUAAAUAUGUGAAGAAGAAAAAAAUCAGUUUUCUUAAGAUUCUUCAUAACCUGCUGGUGCUCUAUUAGUAUUAUGUUCACUUUAUGUGCUUUGUUGUUUGUUUCUAUUUUUUCCACUGGAUUGAACUGCUAUGUUUAUUUACAGAGCAAUAUUUGUUUUUGUCUAAUUUGUUUUGGACAUGAUAGAAAGUUAUUACAGUGGGAAUCCACCUCGUUUGGAAUGCCUUAAAAAUUUGCACCUUCAAAACUUUCAGCACAGAUUAGCAAUAUGAAAAGGCUGCAUACAUUGGUGAAAGAAAAAUAUUGUGUAUGAACGUGUGAAAAAAAACAACAGAUAAACAUUGCAAAAAUGUACAUAUUAAUGUCUGUCCGAUGCAUGUAGCUCGCUACAAGAUAAGAAUAAUGAAUAUCAAAAGCUAUGCAUGUUCAAAGUCUUUAUUGUUUUUAUCUAGCAUUUGUGUGGAAUAUAUUAAUUAGUAUUGACAUUAAAUUCGAACAAAUCUAGAACAUCUACAGCAUGGCAUAGUUAAAUAAUAAAAGCAAAUUAAAGGAAAUUUCACAACAACAAUGAAAUACAUUCAUAGCAGUAAUAAAAAAAAAUGCAUCGUAACAGCUUUCUCCGCAAAAACAAGAAAUUGCACAAUGCAAAUAAAAUUGGCUAAAGUGCAACACGAAUGAAGUUGGAUACAAUUUGUGACCUACUUUUGUUUGUACUGUUUUUUUGGUUGUGUUGCUUCAAUUUUUUUGUAAUAAAUAACAAAUUGUCCACAGUUAAGCAUGUACAUCCACACACACACACACACACACACAUUACAAAACACACAUUUACAAUACUUUAACAAUAGUGUCCCACUAGAAAAAAUUCACAUAGUUGAGAUUGACUUAGCUUUGGAGGUUUUUCAAGUAUAUGCGCGCCUCUUUGUCAUCCGUACUGUAUAUUAGAACAAUCAAUGUGCUUUUCCGCAUACAACAUGUGCUUAUAGAAACCAACUGCUUCUGAAGGGACUUCACCAAGCUACACAACUGACGGGAUUGUUUAGACUGCAUUUUGUCCAUAGCAAUCAGCGUUAAUGCCAGUGCAUUUUUGUUUAUUUUCGACUUCCAAUCUUACUUGUCAUUUCACCAUGUACUGAGAAUAAAAGAAAAUGUGAAAUUUU